GCGCGCCAGCCUGGGAACCAGCGCAAGAUGGCGGACCCUGAGGAGGCUGUCUUGCGGCCCUCUGGAAUUUCAACUGCUACAGUUUCAUUUGGUUUCACUCGUACAUCUUCGCGGAGACAGUUCGCGGACUAUGGAGCGAGUGCGGAGACCGACCCAGAGGAGAAGGAGUUCCUGAACACAGUACAAGGGAGAGAGUUUAAGAGUAUGAAGCCUCCAGAAACCCCCCAAAAAUUAGUCAUUCCAGUGAUCCAGAAUGUCUUGCGAAGACAACCACUGUCCCAAACCCCUCCACUGCCCACUGAUUCUAAGGCCUUGAUGGAUAGUGAGCUGUCCCAGGCUGUGAAGGAGCUGAUUGAGGAAUCCAAGAAGUCUCUGGAGGAGAGAGAGAAUGCAGGUGUUGAUCCCACACUUGCCAUCCCUAUGAUCCAGAAAGGAUGUGUCCCCAGUGGGGAAGAGACAGACAACGACGAACCCCAAGCUAAGACAGUGCCAAAGGAGGCUGACUACGAGGCAGUCCCUGUGGAGGCCUAUGGGCUGGCCAUGCUGCGAGGCAUGGGCUGGAAACCUGGCAAGGGCAUUGGCUGCAAGUUUAAUCUAGUCGUGAAACCCAAGAUCAACUCAGUGAGGCCCAAGGGGUUAGGGCUAGGCGCCAACCUCACUGAGGCCCAGUGCCUGGCCUCCAUUGGCUCCCAUAAUUCAUCAAGGCCAGGUGGGGAUCAGCAGAAGGAUAAGGACAGUGAGCCUCAAGGACUGGUGAUUGGGGGAGCUGUACUGGUCUUGUCUGGCCCUCAUCGUGGCUUCUAUGGGAAGGUGGAAGGCAUUGAUCCUGACAAUGUGCGGGCCAUGAUUCGUCUGGCAGAGAACAGCCACAUAGUAACUGUUAGUGAGUACUGCCUGCGGCCUGUCUCCCAGUAUGAAUUUGACAGCAACACCUUGCACAAUGGCAAAGGGAGAAAAAAUGCGCAGCAGCAUAAUGAAACCUCAUCAGUGAAGGCUGCCCAGAACAAAGACCCCUGGGUCCACCAUAAGGAUUCAGAGAAGAAGCGGAAAAAACCUGCAGACAGACAGGACGGACCUGCAACCAAGAAUGAGAAAAUGGCUUCCAGACGUCCCCACUGGUUGCACAGGGAUCUGCGGGUGCGGUUUGUGGAUAAGCUGUACAUGGGUGGCCAGUAUUACAAUACCAAGAUGAUUAUUGAAGAUGUCCUAAAUCCAGAUACCUGUGUGUGUCGGACAGAUAACGGUCAAAUCCUGGAAGGUGAGUGGGUGCCCUGGCAGCUUAGGGAGUUCCCAUUGCGAAGACUGAUCAAGAAGGCCAAGAGGAAGGCCAAGAGCCAGGCCCAGCUAAGAGGUUGGGCAGAGCCACAAUCUUUGCAACACCCAGAAUCCUCUUGAAGAACAUUCAAUACUUUCUUGAGAGAGAUUACUGAGCCCUGUCUUCCAUCCUCUUCUGUGGCAUGUAAAUAAAUAACAUUCCCUCGAGACUGAUUCCUUUACAAGGCUGUAGUGAGCUCCCAGUGCAGAGCAAGGCCAAGAACAUGCCCACAGUAACUGUUGUCUGUCAUCACCUCCCUGUGUAAAUAUUUCCCUCUACUACAGGCAUUUGACUUCCCUAGGUUUCCUCAGCUAAGAGAUGGCUAUAGAGGGAUUCCAUCUGUCAGCAGAGGGGACAGUGGCUCUAGUGAAUAUGGCAGAGGCCUUGCUGGCAGGUUCUGGCAGGGCUGUCCCCUGCUACAGGC